UUUACUAAGCAAGGAUUUUUUUGCUUAAGCAAAAUUUUGUGCUUAAGCAGCUCCAUGAAAUUGGGCCCUGGCAUCAAGGAGUUACUCAAUGACCCUGAAAAAAAGAGAGAUUACAAGCAUAGAUUACAGUACCCUGUGUCCAUCUUUCUACAGGGGAAACAAUUAGAAAGUCCAGGUGAGUCAUGCACUUAGUUUCAACUCACUAAAGCAAACUGAGGGGGCUAGAAAACAAUGUCUUCAUAUUCCUGGUAUAAGUGGUUCAAUGAUAAACAUUUGUUUAGCUCAAUUAAUUGUAAUCAUGGGCUGAGAAUAGUAAUGAUCUCUAUGCCAAUUGGGAAGUGCGGUGAACAGAGCUAUCAAAAAAUUACUGAGCGGUUAAGAUGAAACGAAUAAGUUUGUGUUAUUUUGUAAAACUGUACAAAAGUUUAUGCCACCUUUGGAGUCAAAACUUGGAAAAACUUUGGGCAUGUAGCAGAUAGGCACUGACAAGAUUCCAAUUUUGUCCAGAAAUUACAGUACGUGUUGGUGGAAAUCUUCCUUUGAAAUAUUUUUGCCUGAAAUGCUUUUUGAGAAAUGAGCGAAACAAUUACUCCAAAAUUUGAUGCUUGGAAACUGAAAUCAGAUCAGGGGGGUUUCAGUAUUUACUUGUGACUCUGGUGAACAGUUGAGCCAAGUUUGCACAGUUUUGUUGCUUGUGAUCGUAAAGUUUGGAAACUGAUCUACGACAGUUUCCUUUGAAAACUCAGUUGUUAUUAUUGUGUCAGUUUAUUUAAAUGACAAUGUCACUAGUUUCUCUGAUGACCACCCCCCACCCUCCCCGUCUAUAUGUAACCUUUUUUUUCUUGAGAAAAGUUAUUAAUGGUAAUGGUUAGGAUUUGAACAAUUUGUAUGGUUGAAAUUUGGCAUUGGCAAGAUUGGCAGUCUAAGACCAAGGGUUUGGGGUGCUCAAAAUAAUGUUUGGCGCCACCAGUCUCAUCAAAGACCGCUUGGAUGGGGUAUACAAGAGCUUUUACGGGAAUGAUUAUAUCGCAGUCGGCGCAGUGCCUGCAAUCAUAAAACUAAUGAUAAAGCAAUGAGGCUGUCCUUACUCUGUGCAUUUUGUUCAUGAUCUGUUAGAACAAUUAAUAUUAUGUAUUCAAGCCCUAUCUUUUUUCCAAUUCUAAGGCAAAAAGAGUUACAAUGAUUUUGAAAAGGUUUUUACAAUGGAGUAUUAUUAUUGAUGGAUGAAUCUUUUCUAAAACAGAAGAGGUAACUGUACUAGGUCAGGGGAUGGGUCUUUUAUUUUAUUUCUACCUCCAUGGUCCAUCCAAGCCCCCCCCCCCCCGGGGGGGCGGGGCUUGGACCGAGAGAAAUAAAAACUUACGUUUACCGAGCGAGAGAGGGCGUUUGUCAAAUUGAAAAAAACUUGGCACAUGCUCUUGCUUGGCACCCAGACUCCCGUUAAUGUAUAUGGCUCCUACCUCCAUGCUUAAAGAGUAAGGGGUCAGUCUAAACUCAAUCACACGGCGUGUGUACGACAACCAAAAUGUCGACGACUAAUAAAAGUGCGAAGAAAGUUUCAGCAUUUGCUGCAUUUAGCUCCAAAAUAAAGACAGCAGGAGGGGAGACUCGUAGAGGACCCAAGAAACACUCCGGAACAGAAAAACAUAAGAAGAUUGGCAAAAAGUUUCGGCAAUCAUUGAGAUCUAAAAGAAGUCGCUCUUCUGCCGAUCCAGUCAGGCAACCAGAUGCUGAGGUUGUAGAGCCACCCUCGUCAGGAAAUACCAAUGGACAUCAUUCUUUACCAGUUGCAUCCAAUGGUACUAAAAAGAGGAAGAUUGGAAAUGGCGUUGAAUCACAACCCAAGCCAACAGUUGAAUCAUCGCCAGCACCAACAAAGAUGACAAAGAAGAAAAAAGUUAUCCAGCAACAAAUGGUUGAAUCGCCGCCAUCACCAAUGAAGAAGAAACAAGUCAUCCAGCAACAAAUGGUUGAAUCUCCGCCAUCACCAACGAAGAAGAAACAAGUCAUCCAGCAACAAAUGGUUGAAUCGCCGCCAACACCAACGAAGAAGAAACAAGUCAUCCAGCAACAAAUGGUUGAAUCGCCGCCAUCACCAACGAAGAAGAAACAAGUUAUCCAGCAACAACCUGUUAAUAUUAAGACUGACAUCAGGUAUCAGGAAGAACCAGGGACAUCGCUAACGAUGCUUCUACAAGAAACACCAGCACCAGACACUGACAGUACCUUAGAAGCAGAGAAGUUAUUCCUCUGGCUCAUCAGUCCGGUCACAGCGUCGGAUUUCUUCAGUGGUCUAUGGGAGAAGAAGCCGUUACUACUCAAGAGACACAUGCCUGACUACAACGCUGGACUCUUCAGCUCCAAGGAACUUCAUCAAAUUCUUAAAGAGAAUGAUAUCCAAUUUACCACCCAUCUUGAUGUGACAUCGUACACUGAUGGAGUUAGAGAAACACAUAAUCCUGUGGGUAGAGCUCAUGCACCUGUCGUUUGGGACUUUUAUAAGAAUGGCUGUUCAGUUCGACUGCUCAAUCCACAGUCCUACUCCGACGCCGUGUGGAAGUUCAACUCGAUGCUGCAGGAGUACUUCGGAAGUUUUGUUGGAGCAAACAUUUACUUGACUCCGGCCGGGUCGCAGGGUUUUGCUCCACAUUAUGACGACAUUGAAGCCUUCGUCAUACAGCUUGAAGGGAAGAAACACUGGAGAUUGUACAGCCCUAGGAACAAAGAAGAAGUCUUGCCUCGAUUCUCAAGUCCCAACUUUUCCCAAGAUGAGAUUGGUGAGCCAAUAUUUGACACUGUUCUUGAGCCUGGAGAUCUCUUAUACUUCCCAAGGGGGAUCAUUCAUCAGGCAACAACACCAGACGACAGUCACUCGUUACACAUAACUCUGUCGACAUGUCAGAGGAAUACGUGGGGAGAUCUGCUGGAGAAGAUCAUUCCCCAAACUCUAAAGAAUGCUCUCAACACCGACCCCGAACUACGCAAAGCACUCCCGAGAGAUUAUAUGCAGUAUACAGGCAUUGUCAACUCAGACUCUUCCGAUGCAAGGAGGUCAUCUUUUCUUCAGAAGGUCGGUGAGUUAAUCUGCAAACUAGCAACCUACGCACCAGUGGACGAUGGGACUGACCAGAUGGCAAAGGGGUACAUUCAUGACAGCCUUCCACCUAAACUUACUCCAGGGGAGAAGUCAUGCAGUAUAUUUGGAAAUGGCUCUGUGUGUAACUAUGGAAGCCUUUCGAAUGAAGUAGAGAUUUCUGAGACCACUCUGAUCAGGCUUAUCAGACGAAGCGUUGCAAGAGUUGUCUCAGAGGAUGAGCAGGUUCGAAUCUACCACACUUUGGAGAAUUCGCGGGUUUAUCAUCAGAAAGAAGCUCAAUAUUUUGAGAUACCUGCCGAGGCUGCUCCAGCUGUUGAGUACCUCCUACAUAGAUACCCCAAGUUUACAUCGGUUGGUAGUCUACCAUUGGAGGACGACUGGGAAGAUAAGCAAGUUGAAUUGGCACAAGUUCUUUAUGAGAAAGGUAUCCUAGUCACAGAUGAGCCUCUGAAACCGUUAUGAAGUCUUAUUCAUAAUUAUAUUAAUUAUAAUAUUAAUAGAGUGGAAGGGAAGACAUGAGUUGCUCUUUUUAUUUCCUUUUUCUUUUUUCGCCAUUUAAACAAUUACAGGCCUGGAUUUACAUUGAGGCCAUGGCCUCCGUUGCCCCUGGUUUUGGCCUUGGUGCCCUUCGAAAGUUACCCACUGACUUUAAGAUUUUCCAAUGGAAGUGCCCUUUUCAAAGUGAAAAUGGCCUUGCCCUUUGAAACAUGUUCAAAAACGAAAUUCCUGGCCUGCAAUUUAAUUGUAGGCUAGGUUUGCAGAAGCACGAUGUGCAAAUCUCCUGAA